AAAGUCUAAAACUUUAAGCAGUCGAGCGUGUGGUUUGCUGAUUUCCGUAAGUUUUUCUAAAAAUUUCCUUUAUUUCAUUGAGUUUCGUGUUGCUCAAAGCACCGUAAAUUGACGCACAAUGGAUUCGAACGGAGAUCGAAUAGAGAAGCUGUAUAAAAAUUACGAAAUUCUGACCGACGCAAAAGAAAAAAUUGGAGAGCACGAGUUAGAGUAUCGGGAAAUUCUGGAUGCUGUCAAGGGUACGGAUAAAGAGAAGCGCCUGGCUUCGCAAUUUAUCGGGAAAUUUUUCAAACAUUUCCCAGCGCUUGCCGAGCUAGCCAUCGAUCGGCAACUGGAUUUGUGUGAGGAUGAAGAUGCACAGAUUCGUAAGCAAGCGAUCAAAGAUCUUCCACUGCUCUGUAAGGACUCGAAAGAACACACACCCAAGAUAGGUGACAUCCUUGCACAGCUAUUGGUUACGGACGACGUGAUUGAACUUCAGCAGGUGCAUCUAUCCUUGCUUACAUUGGCCAAGUUUGAUGCGAUUGGGACAUUGACUGGAAUCUUCAGUCAAAUCGAGCUAGGAGACGAACCAACACGGUAUCGCAACUUUCAGUUUAUUCUAAACAAAUUAAUGAAAGUUGGAUCGGAUGUUAUUACGAAGGAAGUGGAGGAUUUUAUUAUCACUGAAAUAAAAAAGAUUCUCAUGGAUGUAAGCGCUGACGAAUUUCAUCUGUGUAUGUCAAUUCUCAACCAAACUAAGCUAAGCAAAACCGUAACCGGUCACGCCGAGCUGGUUGCGAUAGCGACGGAACAAGCAGAUUUGGAAGCCAACUUAGGAUCACUGACUAACGACGAUGAGACUGUUGAGAGAUUUAUUCAGUGUGCCAGCGAGGCGCUGCCGUAUUUUUCACAGUCCCAAGUCGAGUCAACCCAGUUUAUCAAGUUUAUGUGUGAGAAGUUGCUGCCAGUAAACGUUUGGAAUUCGAUUGGAACUGGAGAGGAUCAACACACAACCCAGUUACGUCUACUUAAAGUGUUUGCCGAAAUGUGUGCUUUUUGCGGGUCAUUGGACAAACCGGCGGAGAAGGUGGAAGCAAUCUACAAUGUGCUUUUGGAAUUCAUGCCACUUCCGCCGGCUGACGCCGAUAUGAAUGAAACACCAUCAUUUCAAUUUUCGCACGCCGAAUGUCUGUUGUAUGCUCUGCAUACUUUGGGCAAGCAAGCAGCAGAGUUUUUAACAUUUCCUGAUGAUGCUGGUAAGCUAAAGGACUUCCGUUCAAGAUUACAGUAUUUGGCACGAGGUACACAAGGUUACAUCAAAAAGUUGCAAGAGGCUGUAAAAGACAAAACCACGGAAGAAAAGAAGUCCGAGGAAAAUCAAAUCAAAAUUACAGCGCUGAAGACCACUUCUAACAUCAGCACACUUAUUCGGGACCUGUUUCAUACACCACCCAGUUUCAAAUCUGCCAUCCACCUGUCAUGGGUGGCACCCAAGCCAAAAGGGGACUCCAAGUCUCCCGGAAAAAGACACGCGGCAAUUACGUUUGACGAGAACGGCAAGUCCAAAGAUUCCAAGGGACCGAAGCACGCAAAAGGCAGCACAGGAACACAGAAAGUCUAUACUCCACCGUCGGGGAAAUAUUCUGGCAAAGUGCAAAAUUAUUCCUCCAAAAGUGGCAGUGGAAGCGGGAGUAGCAGCGGAAAUAGUCGUCGUUCCGGUGGCGGCGGAGGAAGCGGCUUUCGCCGAAGCAGCUUUGGCAGUCGCGGUGGCGGUAGCGGAGGCAGGAGACGAUAUUAAAUGUUUGCUGCAGAGUGAAGGCAUUUGCCUCAAAACGGGUGAGAUUGAUCGAACGAGAGAACAGAGUACGAAUUUUAGCGUUGAUAUUUCCUACUAACGUUAAGCCAUUUAUGGAAAAAGGUCUGGGGUAAUUAGGUGACAUUGGUUUUUUAUUCUUAAACCAAACGCUAAUGUUACGCUAGUUUGUUAUAAGUAAAACACUUCGAAGGACCGUCACAGUUGGACAGCGGAUGGAUUCAUCAGCCUUGGAAAACCAGCCAUCAAAUCUGUUUGGUAUAAACUUUUAUUCAUAUUUCUUUUUCAGGGUAGAUGCCGUACCGAAAAUAUUUACAGCCGUCAUACCUUUUUAUUAUUUCAUUUUUUUCAAUCAAACUGUCAAACUUAUAUCACGCAAACGACUGAUUUUAUGUUUUCCUUUUCCGUUUAAUUAGAAAGCUAAAAAUUCGUACUCUUGUUAAGGCAAUCGUCUAAAUUUUUGAAAGAAACAACAUCGUGGGACAAAACCUCAACCAAUUUCGCUCAAUAUCAAGCUAUUGGUUCUAUCUAGAGGGCGACAAACGGCAAACUGUAAAAAAAACGUAACGCAAACAAGAGUGUGUAAAACCGAAAAUUUAAUUUCGUUUAUACGAACAAUUCUCAAAACGAAGACGCUAGCUUGUAGUUCAUUCAGGCUUCCAUUUAACAUUUUUCGUAGCGAACGAAGCCUAUAAUAUACAUGAUAACAGCGAUCUUUGACGCAGUGAAACAAAUAGGAACAAAAAAGCAGUUAAUAAUAACCGAUUUGCACACUGAAAUAUAUAACUUCACAUGUCGAGCCGCUGAUCAAUUCCGCAGCACGAACAGCAGCAGUUGGCCGCACAGCACAGACCAUACGGAGUUAUUCAAGCUUGCACAUGUUUUAAAAUAUUUAAUGAGCUCUUAUAUGAAACAUUAUCUUCUAAUAUGCAGAAUAAUACAUUUUCU